AUGUCUCUUGAUAGUAGAAUGAGUCGAACCACCCGUGUUAUGAAUCCUACUGAACGAAUGCGGAUCUAUAUGGACUUCAUGACGAAAGACUCAUGGGACACAGUAAAAGACGAGCUGAAUCUGAGAAUGAAAGAUACCAGCAUGGCACAACUCGUCAAUGAUGUGUCACAGCAGUUUAGAAUUGAGAUACUGAGGCAGUUAGACCAUGCCGGGAUUACCAUCGACGAGCCAUGGGCAAACCUUCAACGGGAAAGACUGCACAAUGACCCCGAUGAGGUCUUCCCUUUAGUGGCAACCAAGUGGCUUUUGCAGAAUCUACCCGUAUCAAUGACAAGAUGCAAUAUCUGCGGUGAUGGCUAUGCGCGGGGAGAAGAUGUCAUCAAGAAGGCUUGUGGUAAGCAUACAAUGCACCGCUUCUGCCUCAUGGCUCGGCUGCGUGAAGGGGGAAUGCCAAUCUACGGUCCGUGCGGCUGCAACAGCGGUGGUGUCGAUGUAGACUCAUGGAGACCAUUUGUAAUCCCAUCAAAGAGUUCGGCCGCUAAGAGGUACCAUCGUCCGGCUACACCAAUGCCUAAAACGUUUCAGCUUGGAGAGAUCGCCUCAUCUUCAUCAUCUCCAGACCCUGAUUAUCAUCCAGACUCAGAUUCGGCGUCUGAAUCGGAUACGAGCUCCAAUGCAAGCGAUGAAACCGGUUCAGUCCACAGCUGGUCAUCCGAUACGACUAUUGCCGCCGAACCAAGACCGGUGGCAUAG